AUGUCUCUGCGUCGCUCACUUCGCUCCCGCCCUAUGCGGGAUGAUCUACCAAACUUGGAUUCUAACGCAAGUGCCAGAACCCCGACCAGAGUGACCCGCGCUGUCACAUCUUCAUCUGUAACCGUCUUCCGAUCUCCCUCAGACUCCCCGGAGGAGUCCAGGAGAUCUAUUCGUUUGACUGUCAAGAUGCCUUCAAGUAAGCUGCGUGAGGUUACCAGUGGUAGUACACGCAAUGGUACCUCCAGACGCUCUGUCAACGUUUUUACGGAGAACCCUAUAAUGACAGGGCCACGGACCAGCCGGCCCAGGAAGAAGCUCGUGGAAGUUGACACGAGCGAUGAAGACCUGGAAGACCAGGAAGAAGAUGAAGUAGAUGAUGAAGAUGCUCCCGGUGAAGAUGACGAGGAUGUUGAUGCGGACGGAGAUCUGGACAUGGACGAUACCCCGCCUCAACCUCCAGUGUCGAAAAGACACACUAAGUCUUCUGGGGUACCCGCAUCCACAUCUAGGGCAGUGAAGGGCGUCGAAGCGAAAGAGAUGGAACUAGACGCCGAGGACGAGGAGGACGACGAGGAGCUCUCGGAGCCUGAUUCAGACGCGGAGGGUGAACCCGAUGAUCAAGAAGAGAGUGGACUUGGAAACGUUAAUGGAGGCGAGGAUGAUUUGGAUGAGGAAGAAGAGGAAGAAGAGCUUGAUAGUGACGACGGCACGCCUACUGCUGACCCCGCCCGCAUGACCAAACGCCAAAGGGGCACCUUGGGCAAUGAUUUCUUGCAACUGCCAAUGGAACCACAGGUGAAGAAGCAUCUAACCGCAGAAGAGCGUGCUAUGCGCCGUGCGGAAAUGGCUAGGCGGAGAAAGAACCUUAGCGAAAAGCGAAACGAAGAAGAAAAGAUGGAUACAAUCAAUAGACUUCUGCGGAAACAAGCACCUAAACGGCGUGGUCGGAUCCCUGCUGCUGAAGCGGCCGAGACGGCCUCUGCAGAGCAGGAGACACUGAAUUUCGAGAGGCCAGACCCAACUAUGGUAAGAUGGGUCAGUGGCCGCAAGGGGAGCAAGAUCUAUGUAUCAGAGGAAUGGCUCGAGACUCCAGCAGGACGUGUCUUCGGGAACCCUUCUCUGAAAGGCAGCGGGCCUAGAAAGCUGGUGGAAGAAGUGUGA